CUCCUCAAAUUACAACACGUCUCUGUCUGUUGUUGAGCUUGUUUUGUGUGGCGGUAAUGAUGUGAGAUCCGGGCGAGUUUGAGAUGGCUGCGAUCAGAAAGAAGCUGGUGAUCGUGGGCGAUGGAGCCUGUGGAAAGACCUGUCUCCUCAUCGUCUUCAGCAAAGACCAGUUCCCUGAGGUCUACGUCCCCACCGUCUUUGAAAACUACGUGGCAGACAUCGAGGUAGACGGUAAACAGGUGGAGCUGGCUCUGUGGGACACGGCGGGUCAGGAGGACUACGACCGCCUCAGGCCCCUCUCCUACCCAGACACAGACGUCAUCCUCAUGUGUUUCUCCAUCGACAGCCCCGACAGCUUAGAGAAUAUUCCUGAGAAAUGGACUCCGGAGGUGAAGCACUUCUGCCCCAACGUGCCCAUCAUCCUGGUGGGGAACAAGAAAGACCUGCGAAAUGAYGAGCACACCCGCAGAGAGCUGGCCAAGAUGAAACAGGAACCAGUGAAGUCCGAGGAGGCGAGGGACAUGGCCAACCGGAUCAAYGCCUUCGGUUACCUGGAGUGCUCGGCCAAGACGAAGGACGGCGUGCGGGAGGUGUUCGAGAUGGCCACCAGGGCGGCGCUGCAGGCCAAGAAGCGAGGCAAGAAGGGCGGCUGCAGCCUGCUAUAGAGGGUCUGGAGCCAGACUCAAAACAUUCCUCCUGGUUCAUCACCGCAGCCGGCAGGUUUUCUUCAGCAUGACGGGGAAGAGCGGAACUAAUUCAGAGCAGGCCAUCAGAUAAAAUAACCAACAGGAAAGGGAGAAAAUAUAUUUAGACGUUGAAAUAUUUUAAAAUAGUGUGGGGGGGAGGGGGGUGGUCUCGUUGAUAAAUCUUUACGCUUCACAUCAGAGAGCAUCAGCAGGAAAACUCAGCUGUAAACAUYCUGAAAACACGUUUUUUUUCUUUAAAGGAGAUAGUUCAGUUAGUUCAACACGGGUUCAGUUCUGAACAGUAAACAUCUUACCUGCUGUAGAUAACUCUUGGAGUUUAAACAUUCCUGUGUUUCUAACAUCUGUUCUGUCAGCGUACGACUGCGUGCCGCCCAGAUUAUUCUGACCUGGAGGGCCGCGGUCUGCAGUAAACCCCGCCCCCACAAUUUAAAAUUAAACCGACAAAAAGAUUGCAGCAUCACCGACCUCAAAUUAAAGGAUCGUUCCAACAAAAUGAUGAUGAUCCGGUCAGAAAACUUCCCACAGAACCCCACUUCAAAUAAUCUGAACUGUCCCUUUAAUUCUGCUUUAUGAGGACCUAUUUUUCUUCUUUUUAUAAAUCAAUAACAUCAGUUUGUUUAAUUUCUGUCUGGAGAUCAGUUAUAAUAGUUUCAAAAGUUAACAACUUCAGAGUGCUAAAGUCUUAAUCCAGCCCUUAUUUCUUUUAAUUUACCUUAGAGGAGCCAAACUUUCUGUAAUCUGAACUGAAACCGGGUGAAAAACAAGAUAAUCCAGAAAAGUUUAAAGAUCUGAGGAACGUCUGGAUCACCGAAAGGAAAAUCUGAAGCAAGAAGGGCUGAAUAUUUAACGUUUUUAUUUACGAAUUAAACUGAUCAAAUAAUUUCUGCAACUAGAAUUUCCCACUAACCCCUGAACGCCUCACACGCUCCUGUAAUCUCACAGAAACAGGAUUAAAUUAGAAUGAAAAGUUUUCAGGAUCAAACGCAGAUGUUCUGCAGUUACUGGAGAGAUUUGUGUAUUUAUACAUAAAGGGAAACAGUAAUUAGUUUUAUUUUACGUGAACUAUUUACAAGUAAAUAUUAACGAGAGAUUAAACGAGUUAAAAUAUAUAAAUGUUUCCUGAUCUGCUCCUGUUUGAGUAAAAUGUACAAAACCUUUUUUUUUUAUCAUUUUUUUUCUUUCCUAUAUAAAUUUCUGCUUAAACGCUUCAGGAGCKUUAAAGAAUUUAAAUUAAAAAAAGCAAAAUUAAAGGAGAGGAUUUGUUUUUAGUGAAUCAUUUUGUUCUUUCUGAAUUAGAAACCUGCUGUUUGUGGCUCUGCUCAUAUUUAAAAUCAGCUUUUAUGUUUUAAUCAUUUACAGUAAAUUUGUUUAAUUUUAACCUCCCUCCCCCGUCUGCAUGUUAACGCCUCUUCUUGUUUCUGUUACUGGAUGUGAUAUUCUACUGGCUUCUCUUUGUUUUAUUUGCACAAAGUUUAAACUUUAGGUCAGUGUCGUCGUGCGAGCAGCUUCCUGAGGGAUUUAUAAGAGAAAUAAUCUUUUAUAUACAAACUUUUCUUCAGAUUUCUGCAGUUUUAUUGUAUUCUGAAAAAAUAAAUUCAUCAGAAUUAAAAAAAAA